AUGAAGAAUUCCAUAUACGCAGCCAGAUUCCGUCGACCGACCACCUUAUCAAAUGUAGCUGAACGAACACCAGAGGUGCAUGAAGCUGAAUGGGUUGCCAAAUUGACUCCACAGGAAUUCCAGAAACGAGAUGAUCUUGUUUCUCUACUUGUUGGCGGUGAAAGGAUUAAAGGGUCACUGGCGGAUUCGUGCUUGUGGUACGGUCGAUAUCUCCAAUCUAAAUUUCAUCACCAUUGGCACCUUCUUGCCCCAGCGCUUGUCGGUCUCGAGGACAAUGUGACACCUGCAUCUGGAGACCUCGUCAUUGUCUACUGCUUUGUCAUUGAAGUCGCAAAGCUUUUAAAGACCAGAAAAAACCUUGCACUGGUCGAAAUCGUGGAUGAGUUGGACAAUCAGCAAUUGCUAAAGCCGCAGAUGGAUGAGGAACGUGCAAUCCUUAAUCAGAUCGUGUUUGCAACGUUGGGCUGGCUCAGUAUGCUGUACGAAGCAGUUCCGCACCCAGCAGCAAACAAACUUGAAGUGGUCAGGACAUCUACCACCUCAUCCGGAUAUCGCAACUCGCUCAACACGAGGAAAUACCACAGCUACAUGCGGAACUUCGACUACAUCGACUUCCCUUUUUUCGAACUGCUGGCAAGAUUUGGAGAGCUGACCCCUCAAUGGAAACCACAUUUCGCCAAUGAACUCGGAUCAUUACGGCAAGCAGAAGUCAUCUCGGUAAAAGAUGUUUGCUUCAACACGUUACAAGGCCUCGCGGAUCUCAAGAUCGAGUGGGUCACAUCGUUGGCCCUUCAUCUGGAGAUGGAUAGUAGUAAGAAGACACUGAAAUUGUUCCAAUUCCCCUCGUUUUGUAGAAUGAUGGUUGUUGAAAAUGAAACCCAUUUACUCUCUAGGCUUCUGACUGACCAUGCGACCCGGCUUUACGAGGACGUCAGAGCACCAGAGGUGGUGACAGAACAGUUCUUCAAGGAAAUCCUGCUUACUUACCGGUUGAUAUUCGGACAAGAUGAUCGAUCAUACAAGGCCUUUUCACGAAUGGUCCCAGUCUGGGAGGAGCAAUGCGGCCGGAGCUCAUGGGAGACAACCUGGGCCUGCGAUCCAAUGUUGCUCACUCUCUGCGGUAAGAGCGCGACUAGCGACGAAGCCCGAAAGAUCUAUGACGAAAUCGAUGAACACGAGCCCGCUAAUUGCUACAAUGCACACCAUGAAUUUCCCUUCUUCGCAAAACGAUUGCUCGAGCUCCAGGAAUUCAUCAAACACCACCAGCCGCAGAAUUUGAGAGCAUUGCUGAAUGAUCGUCGAGACGUGGCGGCUUGGUAUACCCUUUGGAACAACCAGCUUCUCAUCAUCUUUGCCACAAUCACCAUUUUGUUGAUGAUGCUCUCCCUUGUCCUCCAGGCCUGGCAAGUCAUGCUGGCCAGGCAACAGCUGCAACAGCUUGGUUAG